AUGUCGCUGCUCAGCCCAGGAAGCGACGUAUCGUCCGAUGGGGCAUCUCGGUACUUGCCCUCCCCCUCGCCUGCCCCCUCGGCCGCAAGCUCCCGCACAGCUCCCUCACCUUCUCCGACCACAGCUCGCCGCCUGGCCAGCUCCAAGCGCCGUGCAGCCGGCUCAAAGGCUGGAUCGCGCACACCCUCGGGAUCCGUCUCUCCACCUCCACCAACGCGAUCGCAGUACCAGUCGUACUCGAAGCUCCUCACAUCGCUCGCGGCGCGCGAGGCGACUGAACUCGCCCCGCGUCUGGCCGGCAAGGGCCUAUGGGGCGCGCUGAAUCCGAACACGGGACCAGCAACAGGACCGACCUGGGCGACGGCCCCCGAUACCGCGACUGCGACAUCCGUGUUCACUGCAGCGAGCUCAUCUCGUGGUGGGUUUGGGCAAGGCGGGAGCGAGGACUCGGACGAGCUCAACAGCGACACGGGCGGUCCUAGCAACGCUGGCACACGAGCCGGCACACAGCCGCAGCUCUCUGCGCCGCCCACGCCGGCCCCAGAGGUCCAGCGUAUCCCUCUCGCUCAGCGUACCGUCACCGACACGGACAUCGCCACGCGCUGGCCACUACACCCGAUUGAGUUGACCAACGGUGACGGCGCAUUGGCCGUCGGUGCCCCGCUGCCCAGUGCCGUGUCCGAGACGACUGCGCGAGUGAUUCGGCGGCACAGACUCGCGUUGCCCGCGAGCGAGGGGAAGCUUGAACGCCGCCGCUUUCCGCGCCGUACUGAGGCCGGGCGCGAGGCCGACCGGAAGAGGAACCGAGAUGCCGAUAAACAGGCGAGCGUGGCGCCGUCCACCAAGUCGGAGACGGUGCUGGACGAAUACGACGACGUCGAUGCCGACUUUGCCAUUCCGGCGCAUUUGGCACUUGCCGAGCGCGUCGGCACAGCCAUCGACCGCACGCUCGCGGGUCUCGCGGCGUUCCGGCCGCCCGGAUACGCCUGGCAGCGUGACGAGCUGGACCAGAUGAGCUGGACCUCGGUCGUCGCUGCCGCCAGCAUGGUCGUGGACCGCGAAGUCGUGGAGCGCAUGAAUGCCCGCCUCACAGAUGUGUUUGCCCUGCAGCUCGGGUCCGAGGGACCAGCAGCACUUGACGCUGCGGCCGACACACUGCGUGCGCGUCUCGACGCGGCCGCCGAAGCGACAGCUGCACCGCGCCUCACCCGUGCCCAACUUGCAUCGGAACUGUACACUCUGCCACCAUACAAGAACCGCGUACACGAAAACGCCAGAGGCCGCAAACAGCGCCUUGCGACAGCAGCCAAGUCCAAGGCCCGCCUCCAAGCCCGUGCCGAGGUGGAUAAACUCAAAGACGAGAGACGCCAGGCGCGGCACAAGAAGAUGGAGGCCGCGAGGGAGGAGCGUAACCGCAAGACGAGGGAGAAGAGGCGUGAGCUGCGGCGUGCGGUCGAGCGCCAGGACGAGUAG